AUGUGGCAGACGUGGGAGCCAAGGUGCCCAAGGACGGGCAAGCGCGAGCCUUCUGGUUUGCCCUGGGCUAUUUGGGCUGAUGGUGGGACCACGUCCACCAUGCGGAAGGAGGCCGCCAAAGCUUUUUUGCCCUCUCGCCGGACGGGUCCCACACUUCGCCGGGGCCAUGGCCAAGUCGCAAUCAGUGGCAAGGGCCGAUUGCUUGGAGGCCCCCCUUUCCCCUGCAAGGCGCGUGCAGUGACCAGUACCACGGAGUCCUUCGCAGCUUCACGCCCCGAUGGGUCCGUGGUUACUUGGGGAGGCCAUCCGGGGCCAGAGCUGAAGAGUAUCUUCAGCAUUUGCGCCACCGAAACCACGUUCGCGGCUCUUCGCGAUGAUGGCACCGUCAUCGUGUGGAGCUGCGGUGAAGAGGGCAGGGUCGGCCUCGAGCACCCGGCGCUGGACGUCCGAGCUGAUGACUUUGCUUUCUACAUUACGGACGUCUACGGGCAG